AAUUCAUUCACUUUCCUCUUUAGACAUUUUCUUUACACUGAACCAUCACUCCGAGAGUGCGCUUCAAGCAAUAAAAAGAAAUGGCUAGGCAAUUCGUCAUUGUUGCGAUCUGUAUCGUCCUCAUCGCUGGCGUCGGAGGUCAAGCUCCAUCUUCACCACCAACCACCACACCAGCACCACCCACUACAACAACUCCGCCACCAGCAGUGACUCCUCCUCCUGUCUCAGCUCCUCCACCAGUCACAACUUCUCCUCCUCCAACCACCACCGCUCCUCCUCCUGCUACUCCUCCUCCUGUCUCUUCUUCUCCUCCAGUCGCUUCUUCUCCUCCAGCAACUCUCCCUCCCGUCGCAUCUCCUCCUCCAGCAACUCCUCCUCCAGCUCCUCUUGCAUCUCCUCCCGCUCAGGUUCCAGCUCUUGCUCCAAAGCCAGACGCUCCUUCCACUUCUCCUUCCACUUCUCCGUCGUCCAGCCCGCCUUCCCCGGCGACUGAUGCUCCUGGACCAAGCAUCGAUGGGCUCUCCCCAGGACCUUCCACAGAUUCGAAUGACCAGAAUGGAGCAAGCAAGACAGUCACAGGCUUGGUAUUUGGAUCUGUUCUCGUUUGGUUUAUGAUCUAAGCGGGAGCCUUUAGCUCGCUGUUCCUUGCAUUCGUUUUCAUGUUGAUGUUUGUUUGUUCCACUGUUAUUACUUUCGGAACUGUAUUCUUUUGGGUUAUUAUCUUUUGGAGAUGAUAUUAUUGAGAGCUGAGAUGGAGAUAUCAGGAUAUUUUGUUUGGAGAUAUUUUGUGUGGCUUCCCUUCCCAUUCUAUUUGAUUAUUAGUGUACUAAAUUACUUUUUUCCAUGUCUA